UUAUAAGUGUUAGUAAUAAUGAUUCUGACUUUUCAACAGGCUCAGUUUCAUCAAAGAAAGAUUCCAAUUUUGAUUCAAAAUUCAAUAUUAAGGUUAUAAUUAAAUUCACAAUUGAAUCAGACAAUUUCGAUAUUUUUCAAGAUAAUUUAAUUAAACAUAUUCAAGAUUGCAUUGAUAAUAAUGAUUUCAAUAAAAAUAAUAUUGAAGUCUCUUAUAAAAUUAAUGGCCGUGAACAAGCAAUAGCUUUAGAUAACAAAGAUGACUAUAAUAUAUUUAUUAGUGAAUGUAAAAAAUUAGAAAAAUUAAGUUCGAUUCCAAGUCUUCAGGAAUUUUUUGAAAAGUUAGACAAAAAUCAUAAUGGAAAUGGUGGUUAUUUGGAUUUAAUAGCAGGAUUUGAACAGGAGAAAAUAACUGUAAAUACCAUUAAGGACUUGAGUGAUUCAGAAUUAAUUCAAUUAGGUAUUACCAAAAUUGGAUAG